AUGGCAAAGGGUUACAGCGUCUUUGUCGGCCUCGCCGUCGUCGUCGGCCUUUGCGUCGCCGCUUGGAUAUUCUCCCCGAAGGGCGAGAACCAGACUACCUGGCGCUCCUCCCUCAUCCUCGCCUUCGCCAGCUGCUACCUCAUGUGGUUCAUCACCUUCAUGGCCCAAUUACACCCCCUCAUCGAGCCGAGACGGUCCGACGUCCGCCCGGGCUUCGAGCACGAAUGA